AUGUUUCGUCUACAUCUGAAUGUCUUCAUUAUGGCCCUUGCAAGCAGAGCGCUGGGUCUAGCUUUUGAUGGAGCGGUCGGAUUCGGUGCCAUCGCCACUGGUGGUAAUAGCGGAACAACUGUCCAUGUCACGAACCUCUUGGACUCUGGCAGUGGAUCGUUCCGCGACGCGGUUAGCCAAUCCAACCGCAACAUUGUCUUCGAUGUCAGCGGAUACAUCCAACUGAAAUCUGCGGUAUCACUCUCCAGCAGCUUGACAAUAAAUGGCCAGUCGGCACCCGGCAAUGGCAUUGGAAUCAUGGGGGGUGAGAUAUCUGCCAGCGAUAAAAGUAACAUCAUUAUACGCAACCUACGGAUGCGUCAAGGGACUUUGGAUACGGACACUGGGAAGAGCGCGUUCAAUAUGGGAGGGGCUUCCAAUGUCAUUCUUGACCAUUGUUCCGUUGAAUACGGCCAAUGGGAUUCAAUUGACGCCGUAGGUGCUGUUAAUAUCACCGUGUCCAACUCAAUUAUCGCCCUGCCUAUUGGACAGCAGUUUGGUGCUCACGUUGAGACGGGGCCGUCAACCUUUUAUCGCAACCUCUGGGUCAGCGCUCACAAUCGCCAGCCACUCUCAAAAGACAACACCCAAUACGUUAACAACGUCGUCUACAACUACCAAGCUGGCUACACCUCGGGGAACACUGGUGGAGUCUUCUCUCAUGAUAUCAUUAACAACUAUUUCAUUACGGGCCCAAGCACUACCAGCUCUAAAAAUGCCUUUUACCAGAUGGCGGCUGAUCAGAGUGUUUAUGCUACUGGCAAUUAUCUUGAUAGCAACAAUGACGGACAGCUAAAUGGAGCACCAGACAAUACUGUUGGCUCAUCGACUGUCCUUAGCAAGCCAUGGGCUUCUACCUCGCUCGGGCUUGCCACUAUGUCAGCUGCGGAUGCUGUUACGUAUGUUUUGGCGAAUGCUGGGGCAACUCCUCGAGAUGAACUUGACACCUUUGUCGUGAACGUUGUGAAAUCUUUUGGUACUCAGGGUACGCUAUAUAAGAACCAGGCAAACACGGGUGUUUCCAAUGGCGGCUAUGGCACGCUGUGA